AUGGAGUGCAGCAAUCCAAUCGCCCCCAGCCUCGUUCGGGAGCUCCCAGCGCCUCCUACCAUCUCCGAAUUCGUCAGGGAUCUGCACAGCCACGGCGACAGCGACAGCGAAAACGAAGAAAUCAACAUCACACCUUAUGGCGCAUAUCGCAAAGGGAAGGAGCGUACCUAUCGAUCAGCCUCCCCUCCACCGAGACCGAUUGAGUAUUGGGAGGAUCUGGCGAUGGAGGCAGAGCGCUCCAUGGCCGCUGUCCGGUUCCAGGACAUCGACCCCCCGGUUCCAGUCGCUGAAGAGACCUCCGAUGUCGUUUCGGUAAGAUCCUCGUCUUCCGGAGUUAGUGAAGGUGAAUAUGGCCGGCCUUUGGGCAUUGUUGCUGCUCUAGUUACGUCGGUUAUCGCGUUUCCUAUUACGGAAACAAUCUUGCAGAAGAUGGACCCUGGCGCGACUGCCGUUUAUGGUAUCGGGUCUAGCUCUGCGGCCAGAAGGUUGCCGAACAUGUAUCCCGAGCUCGAGCAGAGUACUGCAUAUUGCGCUGGUGGUCACCCCCAACACCGUGCGCACAUCGCGAAGCAUAGGAACAGUGCCCCCAUUUCCCCUAUGUUCCAGGCUGUGACAGAGACCUCCUGGGCCCGCCUUGAGCGCUCGCGGGCACAAUCAGGCGGCGCCGAUGGACACCAAGUUGGCAAGGAUGAAAGACAGAAAGGCCACCACGGAAGGCAUAAAAGCCUGGAUCCCAGAAGGAAUAGACACUCGAGGGAGCUUGGAAGGCCAUCCACUUCCUCGAACAAUGAGGUUGCCGAACAUCAAAACAUCACUGGGAGAAGGCCUGCUAGACAUAGUGGUUUCGACGCCCACAGUAGGCACAGUGCCCCUCUUCCCUCCUGCCACCGUCGGACCCGCAGUGACUUCGUCCCUGCCGAAAAUUCUCAGCAAAUGGACCACAAUCAGCCCCGCGGGCUUGCGGCCUUCAAGGAUAGGAACAACACUCAUGUCUACUGUGAUGUAGUAGCCGGUGAGUGGCUCACUGAUCUAGUCGAAGGACCGUGCGGCGUGCUAGCUGUUCAGCAGCCCACUUCUCGGGGUGCGUUCGGAAAGCUCAAGGCCUUCGGUGGCAAGCUCGCGAGGAGGUUUAAGGAGCCCAAGGAAGACAGGUUCGAUCUCGGGGGUGUUGUUGCGGCGCGGGGGGAAAGGUAA